GCUGAGUCUUUCAGUACCACGACGUCGACUGACCAUGUCGCACGGUUUUUAAUACUGACUCAGAAACAAAACAGUAAUAAGUACUAUAAUCGUAAUACGAAUAAACUUACUUAUUCAGUGAACGUUUCGUUUUAUAUCAAUUGAACGAGCACGAUCGAUUUAUCAAUUCGAUUCGAAUAACUUGACCGAUUAUAAUUCACUCAUACACGUAUAUACCCAGUGACGACCGUCUUUAUUUUUGUUUUAAUAUUAAUACGAUUUUAAAUCAUAUCAAUCAUACUUACACGCAUAUAAAUAUAUAUCAAGUGAUCGUUUGUAUUUUAUUUUUCUAUUUUUCUUUAUAAUACUAAAAUACGAUUAAAUCUGUUAAAUCUAAAAUGCCGGUGCAAAUGAUCAAGUGAAUCGAUUAUUACGAGAUAGAAGAGAAAUGUUAUGUUUCAUAUAGCACGAAGAAUAUUACUACGAAAGAGAAGAAACAAGAAGUUGAAGAAGAAAAAGAAGAAGAAGAAGAAGAAGAAGAAGAAGAAGAAAAAGGACAAAAAGAAAAGAAGAAAAUAGGGACAAAGUAACGUGACUUCUUUCGUACACGGGCAAUCUGACGAGUAGUCUUCAAAGAGACUCACACACAGACUUUACACUAAGCUGACUCUUCUGAGCUACUACUACUACUACUACUACUAUUACUUUCUUACUCGAGGACUAGAUCUUCAAAACUUCAAGUACUAUUCUCGAUCCGGAUAGUUAAAAAUCAUCUAGCAACCUACUCUAGCAAGCUGGUUGGUUGGGUGGAUUGUAUUCCUGAAUCAAAAGUAAAACUCUGACGUUUCAAGAUGACCAUAGAAGCUUCUUCGAUGAUAGUAGAUUAUCUUGUCUUUAUUGCAUUCAUCGUGAUAUCCUUUGUACUACCAUUGUGGGGAAAAUUUCGACGAAAAACCAAAGAGACAAAGGCUGAAUAUGUCUUCGCAACUGGACACGUGUCCAUGGGGGCUAUGAUGUUAUCCAUUGCCAGAGGAACAUUAGGUGUCAGAAGUUUCUUAGGUUAUCCUUCUGAAUUAUAUUACAAAGGGAAUGCUAUGUGGGAAACGUUGUACGGUAUGCUUCUAGCAUAUCCAAUCGUUUGCUUUAUUUUCGUACCGGUUUAUUAUGAUCUUGGUAUUACAUCGGUUUAUCAAUACUUGGACAUGAGGUUCAAAUCUAAACUGGUCAGAUACAUUGCAAGUUUUUCUUACGUCAUAAGAAGUUUGUUAAAUUUAUCUGUGACAGUUUUUACGCCAUGUGUAGCGUUAAAAGCAGUCAUUGGUUUACCAUAUUGGGCAAGCAUAAUCGGUAUAGUCACAAUAUCGGUUAUUUUCACGCUAAUGGGAGGUUUAAAAGCUGCCAUAUUGUCGGACGUUAUUCAAGGAUUAAUGAUGAUCGGUAUAUCGAUAGUUUUAAUAGUUCAAGGUACAAUUGACGCGGGUGGUGUUAAAGAAGUCGUCAAUGUUACCGUAGAUCGUGGUCGUUGGGAAUUUUACAACUUCGACAUGGACCCAACGAUACGCGUGACAACUGUAUCAGCAGUGCUUGGUCAGCUGUUCAUGAGUCUAUCUAUUCUCGGAUGUCAGCAAAAUUUUGUUCAAAGAUAUUGCAGUAUGAAAAGCAAGAACGAAGUUGUAAAAACUAUGAUGGCAAACGUACCAACCAUUGCCGUUCUAUUCUCAUUAUCUUGGGUAGUGGGAAUGGUGAUCUUCGCCAACUACGCCGAUUGCGAUCCUCUGAGCAUGGGUUACAUCUCGAAAUUCGACGAGAUAGUACCGUUCUUCGUUCAAGACAAAUUCCUCAACAUGCCAGGUUUAUUAGGUCUGGUAAUGGCUACUUUGUUCAACAGUGCACUAACAUUAGCCGUAUCCAACCUAAAUUCUCUGGCAACAGUGACGUUCGAGGACUUUCUAAGUCAAAUUCCGGCAUUGAGUAAUCUCAAGGAUACCAUGCAAUUACGAACGAUCAAGAUAUUAUCCGUGUUCUACGGUUUGUUAAUAAUCGGUUUAAGUUUCGUCGUAGCUAUGUUAUCCGGUGUUAUAGAAUCUUCAAUGUUAAUGACAUCCGCAACAUCCGGACCACUUUUAGGAGUUUUUAUAUUAGCAAUGUUAGUACCGUGUGCCAAUUGGAAAGGUGCAUCAGCUGGAAUGAUAUUCAGUCAUGUUAUGACACUAUGGUUGACCUUUGGACAUUUAACUGUUCAAACGAAAGACGAUGUGUUACCUUUGUCAACUGAUGGAUGUAAAAACGAUACUUUUUCACCGUGGAUCACGAAACCUGGCAACGUGUUAUAUUCCGUGUCAAAUGUUUCAACCAUUGUCAACGAUUGGGAUAAUACAACGUCGAGUAUUUUAAAAGAAGAAACCUCCGACAAUACAUUAAUAUUUAUCUACGCUAUUACUUAUAUGUAUUACGCCCUGAUCGGCAGUUUAUCGACGGUUAUAGUUGGAAUAAUAGUCAGUUUAUUCACGGCUAAUGCCAAGGAAGAUGCUUACGAGUUAUACUUGUUACAUCCGUUAGCCUACAAAUUGUCAACACUAUUCCCAGGAAAAAAAAGACUUUACGCAAGUAGCACGCGUCUCGACAAUGGUAACAAUCCAACGAACGCAACUACAUCAUCCUCAAUAACCUCGAUUUCUAAUGGAAAUGAAAAGACCACCAAUAUGCUUCAAGGUACCUUAGACAAUAACGGUAAACAUCACUUCGACAAUGGUUACAUUCAAAAAUUAAACUCUUUGAAAGGUGCUACGUUGGAAGUUACUAAUGAAAUGUCUAAGGGUACGAGAUUAUGAAAAAUUGUUUACCUUUCCUUUUUUUAAAACGACUAGUCUAUUUUAUAAAAAUUACGAUUAAUACAAAUAGUGUUUCAUGAUAUUGUGCUUCGUACGAGGAUACUGCCAGGCUGUGAUGAAAUCAAAUUGAUUUAUUUUGAAGGAUAUAAAAAACAAACUAAAAAAAUACUUCGAUCGAAUUAUUCUAACUCGGUGAGAUGAAUACUUGUUAAUAGAUCCAAUACAUAUAUAGAUAUAUAUAUAUAUAUAUAUAUAUAUAUAUAUAUAUACACGUGCCAUAAAACUACGUUAGGACACGGUUGUUCAAAAAAAAAAAA